UAACCGAUGUGACAGCCCGACAAAAAAAAAGCAACAGCGCAUUUCGCAAUUUGUUAUUGAUGAUUGUCAAUUGAUUGUUUCAUGAUUUUGGUGUGCAUAAAACAUUCAGAAUUAUGCCUGAGGCUGGUGGCAUUGACAAUAGCAGGAGCAUUGUAGCACAACGGUACAAUUACGGAGAUGAUUGUUCUAGUUGUCGUUUAGUCAGCGGUGUUGGUAUUAUUGGAAUGGGUAUUUAUGUGUUGACCGCAGCGAAAAAACAAAAAACCGUCUUUAGUCGCAAUUUUAUCUACUGCGUGUCAGCUGGUGUUAUUGGUCUAGGUGCUGCAAGAUUACUUGCAUUGCCACCGUUUCAACGUACGACUAGCGAGUAAAAUUUCAAAACACUGUAAUUCCUAUUAAUUAAACUCAUUUUUAAUUGUUAAAAAUAAAAGAAGCAAUAUGACAAAGUAAA